CUCAUGGAACUCCAUUAUUGAAAUUAAAAUUUAAAGAUGGGCUGUUGAUCUACGAAUAGUGCUGAUGAUAACCUUCAUCGAGCAAACCAGAAGUAUCUCCAAGAUAUCACACAAAAACAAAAGGAAGUAAACUUUGAAGAAGGCCUUCCCUCUCGAAGAAGAGCUACCAGGGCUCCUCCUGUUGAUUUCAGCUAUGAAAGCGAGGAGUCUGAAAGUGAGUCAGAUGAUUCUAACAAUUCAUUCCUGAAUGAUUCUGACUAUUAUAACGCAAAGGCAAGGCUAAAAAGUAAAUUUAUGCCAUUUUUCCCAACAAUUAGUGAACUGAAAAUAUUCACGAUCUAUAAAUAUUCUGGUGGCCAAUGAGCCAAUAACUUGCCUUUUUGGCCACAAGUAUUUCAUUACCUUUCGCUCGAAGAUAUUGAAGUUGUAAUGUUGGGCUGAAAGAGUUUUUACGAAGCAGCUCAGGAUGAAAGAAUCCUUGAAAAAUUCUUAGACUCGGAUGAUGAAGAAAGCGACUCCGACGAUUAUGAUGAAUAUGAAAAUUUUCAUCAGCCUACUCUGAAAAAGAACACCAGCAAUAAUUAUUCAAACAAAGGGAAAUCUUCUGCAUGGAGAGCAGCUUCUAAAAAGUUAGUCCCAAAAUCUUCUGAUAAUUAUUUCUCACCUUAUGAAGAAAGUUCAGAUAAUAAGCAAAGAAGAGUGAGCCUCGCCAAGAGAAAAAGAAGUGAAAGCUGGACCAAAAUAUCAAUACAGAAGAAGCGGAGGAACACCAUUAUCAAGAUGCACAACCAAAGUAUUAUGGGGAGGAACAAAGACUCUCCUGCUAUCAGGCUACAAAAUGUCGAGCCAAUCGAGUGCUCAGAGAAUCACAGUAUUUCGGAGAGUAGCGAAGUCUCAGAAGAUAAGUUACAAAAACAGGAGAAAAAUGAUAAUAAAAAGGAUGAAGACAGUUUCUUCGGUAUAACUCCUUGAGAAUCUAUUCAGAAACAAAGCUCAUCGCAUAGCAAGAAAGCCCAAUCUAAAAAGAAGCGGAAGCAAUCUGUCAGGUUUAACGGAACAAGGAGUCCCAAGAAAUCCUUCAAAUUUAGGAGAGACUCCAUUCUUAAGAGACUGAAGUUUAAGCCAAUCUUAAAGUUUAACAAGGACAAUGAGCGCGAAAAUGCUAUUUUAAACAACAUCAAAGAAAAAAUGGAUGUUUAUGACAAAGAAUUUCAUAACAGAGACGAUGAUGGACAUAAUAAAUUGCUGGCACUCCAUCCGACCAAACUAGUGGAGCAGACAAUGGAUAGUAGCGUUGAAAUCCAAAACGGACAAAGAGGAAUCCCACAGGUUAGCCAGAUUGCUCAUGAUAAAGUGAUUUUGAAACUAGGAGAAUCUUCUCCAGAAGUGAGCAAGCACAAGUUCAAUAUGACCAAGAAGUACUCAGGACAUGAGAACAUGAUUGGGCAGACCUUACAGAUUAGUGAAGAAGCAGUCCAAGGUCUCCCGUAUCCACAAGAGUUUUUGAAUAACUUAAGAGCUCAGAAUGAAGACCUAAGGAAUAGAGUUGAGCAAAACCUGAAGAGCAUUACAUCAAAGAAAAAUGAGUUUAACUAUAGUGUUGGAAGAAUCCAACCAUUUGAGACUCCUAGCGAAGAAUGUGGAAAUCAUGACACAAGAGAGUUUUAUGAAUCUCGCAAGAAUAGAGGAUUCAGAUAAUAAUAUAUCAAUAAAUCUGCGUCAGCAACUUUUA